GUUUCCGUGUAGAUGCGCCGGGGCAAACAACAUGGCGAAGACCGGAGAAAAGAGUGGCGGCAGCGGGAAGAAAACCUUGAAAAGGAAAGCUACUGUGGAAGAGCCUGAAGAGGGUACGGUCACCGGAGAUGGAGCGACGCAAGGCGGGGUCCAACCUCCGAAAGCCACUGCCUUCCCCCCAGGCUUCAGUAUUUCGGAAAUUAAGAACAAGCAGCGGCGACACUUAAUGUUCACACGGUGGAAACAGCAACAGCGGAAGGAAAAGUUGGCUGCUAAGAAAAAACUUAAAAAAGAGAGAGACGCUCUUGGUGAUAAGGCUCCACCAAAACCUAUACCUAAGACCAUUGACAACCAACGAGUCUAUGAUGAAACUACAGUAGACCCUAAUGAUGAAGAGGUUGCUUAUGAUGAAGCUACAGAUGAAUUUGCUCCUUACUUCAACAGAGAAACUUCUCCCAAGAUUCUCAUCACCACAUCAGAUAGACCCCAUGGGAGAACAGUAAAACUCUGUCAGCAGCUCUCAACAGUUAUACCCAACUCACAUGUUUAUUAUAGAAGAGGACUGGCUCUGAAAAAAAUUAUUCCACAGUGCAUCUCAAGAGAUUUCACAGAUCUAAUGGUGAUUAAUGAAGAUCGUAAAACACCAAAUGGACUUAUUUUAAGUCACUUGCCAAAUGGUCCAACCGCUCAUUUUAAAAUGAGCAGUGUUCGUCUUCGAAAAGAAAUUAAGAGAAGGGGUAAAGACCCAACAGAGCACAUACCUGAGAUAAUUCUGAAUAAUUUUACAACAAGGCUGGGUCAUUCAAUUGGACGUAUGUUUGCUUCUCUUUUUCCUCAUAAUCCUCAAUUUAUUGGAAGACAGGUUGCUACAUUCCACAAUCAGCGGGAUUACAUUUUCUUCAGAUUUCAUAGGUACAUAUUCAAAAGUGAAAAAAAAGUGGGAAUUCAAGAACUGGGACCACGUUUUACCUUAAAAUUAAGAUCUCUUCAGAAAGGAACCUUUGAUUCUAAAUAUGGAGAGUAUGAAUGGGUCCAUAAGCCCCGGGAAAUGGAUACAAGUCGAAGAAAAUUCCAUUUAUAAAGUACUGUGGAAAUAAAUAGUAUUCAAUUUUGCUGAAUAAGGCUUGUCUUGAACUUGGUAAAUUCUUUAUGAGAACAUCCUUUUCAAAAUAGCGUUUAGUGCCUUUAUGAACUAUCUAAACAAGUAUCCAAGUGCCAUGAAUUGCUACUCUGUAUGUACCAAAUACAAAUAAAAAUUAUCAAGAGUUUAGAA